CACCCUUGGUUGUCCAUGUCAGUCUGCCCGUUAGGCGUACACGCGAGCGCAUCUGUGUGUGAGUGCAAGCAUGCGUGUGUUCUCUGUUUGUCGACAUGCAGUUAGUGUGUCACAAAGAAGACAAUGAGAAACUAUUUCAUUGUCCUGGUGGAAUGUGGCAGGAGUCUGACAUCGUUCGAAAUGCUUGGCACCAGUGUCCAGUUUGCUUGCACCGUGACACACCAUGCAGUAAGAGAGACAGAGAAGGUCAGACAUUUGCUGUCCAGGAUUUACGAUGAUCGUUGUGAAAAUGUCCUGUAACAAAUGUUGGAAAAAUCCUCCAACUGAGUCGAUGAGUGUGGAUGUAUCAGAGACAUGCUGAACUGACAUAAGUGUUGACCAUCAAGCUGCUUGAGAUGGAGCUGCUUCCUCUGAGUGUCCUGAGUCCUGGAGCUUCUCUCCAUCUGCAAGUGGACCCUUUGUGGCUACAGCGUCAAGCUGUGGAGGAGCAGGUGGAACUGUGGUGGUUCAGCGAGCCACACGUGUCCAUCCUGUGCUACUGCUUUUCUGUGGCUAUGGUUCUAGGACUGGGUUCGGCUGGCGUUGGGGUUCUCUCUACUGCCUCCUCCGCCGUGGGGCCCUCUGCGCUGUGGCGUCUGGGAGUAGGUUCAAUGCUUUGCCUCUUGGCCCUGGUGGUCCUCCUGAAGCAGCUGCUCGGCUCUGCUGUACAGGACAUGGGCUGCAUACGCAGCCGAAGACGCAUAGAGCAACUGCGGACUGGAGGAACUGCGGAUCCAUUGCUGUUUCUCUUUGCUGGCUUUGCACUGGUGAUUUGUGGGACUACGCUGCUCAGUCUCAACCAGUCAGACAUGUUUUUAUCUGGGGUGGCCCUCUUUGCCAGUGGGGGCACUGUGGUGGUGGGUGUCAUGGUGUAUGGUGUGGUGGUUUAUGAGCAGGGAAGGAGAAACACAAGGAGGCAAAGAAGAAGACGGAGGGUGAGAGUUUAUACUGUGACGGGGUCAAGGAACAGACCAUGGAGGGAUUCAGCCUCAAGUCAGUCAAAUUUGUUGUGAGUAAAAGUAGAAGAAAAUGUGAAAGGACACAGACACAAUCACAGCAUUAAAGUAUGUGAAAAUAGCAUACCACAUUUUCUAUUAAUUCAGCAUGCAGUAGAGACCGGGACUAGUUGUCACCCUGAUACGUUGGUAAAUGUCUUUUCUCUAGCAGCGUGUUUGUUUGUUGUUUUCAGAUACUGAACCUCUUAUAUUUGAAAUACGUUACCUUAGAAUUUUUGUGAAUUCUGACCCCCAAACUAAAAUCUCCAUAGAACCAUAUUUGAAGCUCUGAAGUUUGAAGUUUAAAGUUCUUAUUAGGCUAGACCAGGGGUUUUCAAACUUUAUGAUGCCAAGGACCCCCAAAUAAGGCAAACCUUUUGUGAAGGACCCCCUUUCUAAAAUGCUUACCAUCUAUAUUUUUAUGUGUACGUAACAUUUAAACGUUGUUAGAUAAAUAUUAAAUAUGAUAUUAGUAAGACAACAUAUUGUUUCAGAAUUUAAAUAGUUGGUUACACUUUCACUAUGGUGAGAAAAACACUAGAAAGAUAGCAAAUAUUAACAAUUCUAAUGUAGGAAAAAAGCAGAUAAACAUUUAGAAAUUAAACAAUAAUAAUGUUCAAAAGACUUUUUGCUGUAUCGUAUCCCUGAAAUUUUCUGGGAACCCCUUGCAACCUUUAGACGCUCCUGAAACUUUGAAACCCCUGGGCUAGGCUAAUUAUUCCUUUGAGGUAACUUUAUUUGACCCCAUAUAUAGUGAACGUCAUAAUAUUAUUAACGAACUUAAGGUCAUUUUAAUGUAUUUUAGUUCAAAGCAAUUAAAAAUUCCAUUUCAUAAUGCCUCAAACGUCAUCAGAUGCAGACGUGUUGUGGUGCAAACAGUUAUGCCACCUUCACCUCUGCCAUAAUAUAGCCUACUGGAAAUAUUAAAUAAAGAUGAAAUUAAAAUGUAUGACAGGGUCUUUAUCUUUACCUUGGUGUGUUUGCCUGAUGCUUAAGGAAUAGUCUUCAAAGGAAUAUAUUGUUGGUGUAUAAGUUCAAUGUUUUUAAAUAUAAUACUGUUUUAAUCGAU